AUUAUUAUUAUUUUUUUUUUUUAGUAUACAUGGUUAUAAAUUAACACGAAAGAUUUAAUUGUAGAUAAAUCUUUACUUUUUAGAUGAUUAUACCUUAAAACCCUUACUCAAAACAGUGCAUUUUUAAUUGGUUAGUCAGCUGACAGGUAACCUAACAAGUGAAUCAAAAAGGCUCUCUUCUACUUUAUUUAUCACAAUAGCUACAAGCCUUAUCUCUUAAAUAAGUUAUUCUUGUAUGAAUUUCGUUUUAUUUGCAUUCCUGGACAUGUUUUUUUUUUAUUUGAAAGGUUUUUUAAAUUAAUUUUCUGGAAAUUAGACGUGAAAACGGUGAAUUUUAACUGUUUUUUUUCCCUUUUUUUAAUGUAAAUACUUUAGCAUUGCCACGCAAUAGAUGGCAGUAGAGAGUUCUACAAGUCUUUUUUUUCCUUCCCUUAUUUUUUUUUUUCAGAAUCUGUGAUUCUUCAGUACUCAUCCGUGCUUUAAUAUUUAACUAGAUGUAAAAAGAGCUUAUAAUGAUAUUUAAAUAUUAAAUUUUUUCACAAAAAUGAAUAGUAUCAGAAGAAAUUUGAUCCAUUUUUAUUCUUUAAAGUAUAAAAUCAAAGACCAAAGUACAGUAAAAUAACUGGAAUAUAGUUGUAUAACUUUAUACUUAUUUUUUUUUUUUAAAUUCUAUUCUUAGAAUUAAUUCUUUAGAAUUUUUAAUUGUUUUAUACUUUGGUUAAGUUUUGAAAGAAAGGAGAAUGUUGUAGACUAAACACAAACAAAAUUUGUAUCCUGUUUCUAUUGAAAAUAAUACAAAAUACUAGUAGUUUUGCUACAAAACUGUUGAUCGAAGUUAAAGCAUUAGAGAGUGAAAUCUAUUAACAAAACAGGGAUCACAAAAAUAAAUAUAAGAAGGUGUAUUCAAGGCCAACUUAACAGCUGGAAGCAAAUUAGUCUAUGAUGCAAUAACAAGUGACUCUUAACGAUCACUUGUUUACCAAAAUAACAGGCGUAUAUCGAUAACAAUAUACACACAACCUUCUAUAAUUUUUCAUUUUUUUCUUUGUUUUUCUAGUUACAACUUCGUUAUAUAUAUAUAUAUGCGUGUGUGUAUAUAUACGAAAGGACUAUCUUAUGUAAACAACAGAAAUAUAUGGAGGAAAGUCACAACUGUUUUCUUCAGGAAAUACCAAAAUAACUUAAGAAUGAAGACAGAUAUAUUAGCCAUGAAAACUGAUGCCAUAAACAUAUUCAAGCGUGGUGUUGAUGCAGUCCUACCGCAACAGCUGAUUAGUAAUAUAUUGAAGUUAACAGAAGAUCGAAAAUUAAUAAUUGGAGAUAAAAGCUACGAUGUUAAUGAAAAUGUUUAUCUCGUCGGUUUUGGUAAAGCUGUUUCGGGUAUGGCAAGAGCGAUAGAAGAUAUUUUGGGACAUCAUUUAGUUAAAGGAAUUAUCAGCGUACCCAUUGGAAUCGUAAAAUUAAUGGAAGAUAUGGGUAAAAACAAAAUGCUUCCACGACCAAACGGUAAGAUAAGAUUAUUAGAAGGAGCCAAGGACAAUAUACCAGAUGAGUCUGCUUGGCAAGCAGCCACCGAUAUUGUUUCUUUAGUAUCUGGUCUUGACUCUAGAGACCUUUUAAUCGUGCUGAUAUCCGGAGGAGGUUCGGCUUUGCUUCCUUCUCCUCUACCACCCGUUACGUUAGAAGAAAAGCAAACAUUAAUUAAACAGUUAACAUCUAAAGGUGCAACAAUUCAAGAACUUAAUUCAAUUCGGAAAAGAUUAUCGCUGGUUAAAGGAGGAGGACUCGCUAAACUUGCAUAUCCUACAAAGGUCGUAUCUUUAAUAUUAUCAGAUAUUGUAGGCGAUCCUAUAGACUUGAUAGCCAGUGCCCCAACUGUAAUUAAUAAAGAUCCGCCGGAUUUAUCAUUAAAAAUUUUACAGAAGUACGAUCUAUUGGAAAAAAUUCCAUCAAGUGUGUUGAAAGUCUUGAAAAAAGACGUCGAUGGAGAAGAGUCAAAACUCGAUUUCGAUCACGUCGAUAAUGUAUUAAUAGGUAAUAAUCGAUUAUCAAUCGAAGCAGCCGGUAAUGCAGCCAUUAAUCUUGGAUAUUCUCCGAUAAUAUUGAAUAUUGAACUUACUGGAGUCGCUAGAAACGUCGGAGCGGCACUUGCAAAGUUAGGAAUCUUUGCAAGCGGUGGCGACUACACCAAAGACGAUUUGUCAGAAUUACAAAGAGUUUUGCUAUUAUCGAACGAAAGGAUCGAAGAAAUAAUACAGAAAUGUAAAACAACUAAAAGCGGAAUUUGCAUAAUAAGCGGAGGAGAAACCGUUGUUCUACUCAAAGGAAACGGAAGAGGAGGAAGAAAUCAGGAAAUGGCGUUGGCUGCUCUCUUAACUUUAUCAUCAUUAUCACCAUCAUCAUCGUCUAGCUCUUAUCUGCUCGAUAGAGAGAUAAUAUUCUUAAGUGCUGGUACUGAUGGCAUCGAUGGAUCCACGGAGGCUGCCGGUGCAAUUGCAUAUCGCGGCAUGUCCAAUGUAGAUAAUACAAUGGUGGUGUCUUAUUUAGAAAAUAAUGACUCGUAUAAUUUUUAUAGGUCGAUUAAUAAUGGAGAUGACUUAGUUAUAACUGGUCAUACUGGCACUAAUGUAAUGGACUUACAAAUACUACUCUUGCGUUAAUAAAACUUUAGCGUCAUAUUCAUUUAAAUCUCUUCGGUGACAUGAUUGAUCGUUUCCAGAAUUUUUACGUCCCUCUUCCUACGAAUACGGAAAUUUGAUGUGUUCAUUUGAUUUUGUAUUCAUCAUUAUACUAAUAAUUUCACUUAAAAAAAGGCAAUUUCUUUGUUUUAUUUAGUACAUAUUUUUCUAUAUUUACGUAUCGAAAUACUUUUAUUAUAAAACUUUUAUUAAAACAAAAGGAAUUUUAAAAAGUUUAAUUAUCCGUGAUGAGGUCACGUCCGUGUUAAAAUAACAAACACAUAAAAAUCUAAUUAGUUACUUGCUUAAUUAUCAUCAAAAUUAUCGAAAACCAAUUAAAA